AUCGACACAACACGGUCGCCAGCAGUUCUCGGCAUUCGCUGCUCGUGAGUCCUCGUCGUUCUCAUCGUCGUUGUCGCUUAUCGUGCCCGAGUUACUACAGUCUCUAUAUUUCGCUUAUCAGCGUCCGUUUCGUGGCGUGGAAAUGCCGUCGGUGCGGCAUUAUCCAUAGCAUACUUCUCCGUGUUGCCACUUAUCAAAGAAAACAGUAAAAAUAUUGAAAAUGUUUUGGAUUCUACGACGCACGGGUGCCGCCAAUUUCUUCAACUCCCUCAACAACAACUGCAGCUUCUCCAAGAACAAUUCUAGCGGAGGUAACCACAGCAACAGCACACAAGACAAGUAUGUGAAGCGCCCCCCACGGAAGGCAUACGGACGACUCAGUGCCGAGGCUGACGAUGUCGUGUCACUGGGCCACAAAAUCGAUGAUCCAUUCGAUGAGCUAGACGACUUUGAAAUGCUUGGAGCGAACUCCAGCGCUGGCUGCAGCAGCCAUGCCAACAAUGGCAAUGGGGAGCCGCCAGGUGAAGCCAAUGCCAACGUCAAUGUCAACGCGAAUGGGCAUGGCAAUGGGAAUGGGAAUGGGAAUGGAAAUGGCAGCCUGUCACUUUUAGCCUGCACGGAUGCCGACUGUCAGGGCAACUUUGUGGUAGAGAGUGCCCUGUGCGAGCUGGGGUUGUGCCAGGCCAAAGGCAAGACAUCAAAGGAGCUGGCUUCUGGGGCCACAUCCACAUCGAAGGAGAUUAACGAAAACACAAUAAGUCGACUGCAUGCCCUGGCCAUGGCUGACGAUGAUGAUGACUACGAUGAGUCGCUCACCUGCAACGUGUGCGACCGGGCUUUCCAUUGUCACCGUCAACUUGCAUCGCACCAGCAGAAGAAACGUCACUUUGGUUGCAGUGGCUGCGACAGUUUGUUUCCCUCGCUAAUGCUGCUGGAGCACCACAAAGAGGAGUUCGAACACUGGAGCGAUGAGGAAAUGGGGCGGCGCGUCUGCUGUCGACGCAAUCGAUGCGACGAUGAUUACUUCACGGACACCGACUCCUUCAUCAGCGAUGCGGAGAGCGAGGAUCUGGAGAGGCUGUUGUAGGGCGUGCCUCUGGAAAAGCAGCCAAGUCCCCGAGGCGACUGUGAUGGUGGUGAUGGUGGCAGGAGGGCAGACAGUGGCAUUGACAGAGGUAAACUAAAUUUGAAUUAGUCUCCUCCGGAUGGGGCCGGACCCCAAUGCUAUGUAGGCGGAGAGGCUUACCGGUGGCGUCCAGUGGAGCCACCAAAAUGGAAUGACAAUCGGCUGGCUCUGCCUCUUCCUCUGGCCCUGUUGGAUAAUGAAGAUUGACGCUCGGGCGGACCGUUUGUCGCCCUAAUGAAAAUGAAUUAAGCCUCAAUCUGGCGAAACAAUGAAAGAUGUUGGCAAAAAAACCAAAAAAACAAACAAAAAAUUACUUUUAGACUGUGUUGUCACUAAAUGAAAAACCCAAACAUUGAAGCAAACUCACAAGAGAACAUAUUGUAUUUUUAGAGUUCAACUACGAGACCCUUAGACAGGGUCUAAAAACCAAGUUAUAGUACAUAAAAAUAAAUAUAAAUACAUAUGUAAAUGGGUAAAUGUAUCUUUGUGUGUGUACAAGUAUAAUGAGCUAGUCGAAUACGAAAGUCCAUAAAUGGAAAUCAUAUCAUAAAAUGCAUAUGUCUAAACCCCCCUCCCGAAAACCUCGAAAUGCAAACCUAUUUACGACAAAGAAAUUAAACCAAAAACGUAUUUUUCAACAAAUAAAACUGUGUAAAUCGAAAUCAAAAU